AUGUUUCCCGUACUCCGGUCCUGUUUCACUCCCGUUAUCCGAGCGCCUCUUUUGGUGAGGACGUUUACAUACUCAGCGCCCGUGUUCAGGACAAACACGUCCACGAGAACAAAGGAAAAUGUCCAUGAUCUCGAGACAUUUUUCAAGCUUAUAGGUCGCAAUUGCAAUGAACAUUUGGACUCAUUUGAAGGCAAUUUGGAUAAGUUUUUAGCCACGAGUUCCAAAGAUAUGAAGGAGAUGGGCAUCGACGUGUCCACGAGAAAAUAUAUGCUUCGGUGGAAACACAAAUUUGUUAAUGAUUUGGAACCUUUGCGUGAACAUAAACGAGGAAAGAAGAAGAAUGGAGGAGAACGAAAGGCCCGCACAGUCAUAGCCAAGCGGAAAGCUUUGGAGCGGUUGGAGGCGAAGGAGCGCCAUGCCAGCGACGAGCUCGAGGCGGAAAGAAAGGGAGAACGGACGUUCUGA